UGUUCUAGUUGUUCAUUGCGCGCGCACAAGUACGCAGAAGCCCUUGCACCCAGUCCGACACCGCCAUUAUUACGAUGCGCCCAGAGACAGGGAGGUGGCAACUGGGUUGCGCAAUAAUCUACAACAGCAAGCCGGGGUCGAUGCGCAUGUCGUGCCCGCCAAGUCGAAGCCACUCGGUCUUGAUGAGCGUUCACCGACGCGGACACCAUUCCGUGACUCUCAGUCGAGCAGCUUCUAAAAACCCAUGCCUUUUGCCCACCAUGUCGGCUGGCAACUUCCACCCAGUGGGGCACAUUCAUUCUCGAGUCGCCGGCUAGCCCGCGAUUGGCCAACACCAACAAGCGACGGCCUCGGCAGCUUCAGUGACUCUCAUCGUGUUUGCAGACGUGGACAGCUGCAAGGAACAGGCCAAUUGCUGAUCGACUGCUACAGCGAGGACUGUUUUCCCUUGUCACUAUCUCUUCGCGGACGUUGCCAGAACCGUCUGCCUUCCGGCUUCAGCCGUGCACAUGAGCGUUCAUGGAACUUCUGGGCCAUGUUGCCAGAGGGUCUCCACGGCCGAGCCCAGCACGGCGGACCACUUUUAGGCUCCGUCAUAACCCCGUCCAAUACUUCACGGAUCUGCUUCGUUCAAUGGGGCUAGUCGGCUGCCCCAUGCUGAGAACACACUGGACUUUACAUCCUUGAAGUCAAGUCGGCAGCCUAUGGCAUUGGGACCGAGGUAUUUAUAAGGACCAAGAAGAAACUUCGACAGUCCAAAUCCCCCUUUCCCAGCAUCGAUCAUCUUCCCUCUCUUACCUCAACAGCCACCAUGUCUACGCGUAUCUUCGCUGUUCUCCUUUCCUUGUCCCUCGUGGCAGCGACCUUCACGAAGGUUACGAACGUCAUCGAAAGGGAUGUCGUGAUUCUUGGUGGCGGUGCUUCCGGCGCCCAUGCCGCUGCCCAACUCCACAAGUUUGAUAAGACUGUCGCCGUUGUAGAGAAACAACGUCGCCUUGGUGGCCAUGUUGGAUCAUUCGACGACCCUCAAACUGGCAAACUGUACGACUACGGCGUCAACUCAUACACCGACUAUGGCGCCGCCCGCGCCUUUUUCGCACGAUUCAAUAUAGAAGUCCAGGGUCCGGUCCGUUCGCCCCUUAUAUCCACGUAUGCCGACUUCAACACGGGCCGCAUCACGAAUCUUUCGAUGCCAUCCUCGAACGAAACCACGGCCGCUCUUAAAAGAUACCUUGUCAUCUGCGAAGAGUACGAGCCAAUGAUCAGUCCUUCCUACGCCAACUUUCCGAACACCACUGCCGAUAUUCCGGAGGACUUGACGCUGAAUUUCUCGGAAUUUGUCAAGAAGCACAACCUUUCCGCUGCGGUCCCGCGCAUCUUUCAGGUCACAGGUCUAGGGAUGGGCAACCUUGCCAACCAGACGACCCUGUACGUGAUGCAGGCCUUCGGCGCCGACCUUGCCCGCUCUCUUCUGGGAGAGGUCUCAUCCUUCGUGCCCGUUUCUCGGAGGAAGCAGGACCUUUACGACGCUAUUGCUGAGCUUCUGGGCAACGACGUCUUCCUCUCUUCCGUGGCCGUUCGCACUAAUCGAACGCGUAAGGGUGUUGAAGUUGAAGUCCGCGGCCCUAACGGACAACAAACUCUGAUCAUCGCAAAGAAGCUCCUCAUUGCCUUCGAGCCCACCCUUUCCAAUCUUGAAGGGAUCGACAUCGACGACACAGAGAAGGCCGUUUUUUCCAAAUGGGAAUGGUCCAACGUCUAUGUUGGUGUCGUGUCCCACCCCUCCCUUCCCAAGGGCUACUCACUUGCCAAUCAGGACCCCUCCAACUGGCUUUCUCUCCCCGGUACGCCUUCUGUUGGUCGUUUUGACCAUCUGGGCGACGGCUACUUUCGCGUGUUGGUCACCGGCCCCCCUGGCUACAACUCCUGCGAAGCGAAGAGCCUGAUCAACAAAUCCUUCGAGAGGCUCGCCAGGGCCGGCACGAUUCCAAGUCUUGGGACAAAGAGGCUUGAGUACGUGGCCUGGUCUGACCAUGGCCCCAUGCACCUGCGUGUGUCUGGCUCUGAGGUCAGAGGUGGCCACAUAACGGAGCAGUACAGGCUGCAGGGCCACAAGAGCACAUACUACACAGGUGGCGCUUGGUCUGGACAGUUCACGACUGUGUUGUGGGAGUACAACAAUCAAGUUGUUCUGCCCAGAUUACUAGACACGCUUUGAGUGGAGACAGAAACGAUGGAAGCUGCCGACUGGAUUUCAAAUACAACGGCAUCGAUGCAGUUGCUGGCGGGUGCAUGUAGUAACUACCACAUGAUAACAUAUACUCUUACAUCUUUUAGUCGCAAUCAAUCCUCUCCAUUGAACUUCUUC